UUCGUCUCAGUUAAGAGAAAACCAUGGCACAAGCUGGGGAAUCCAGAUCUCCACGAAGUCCUAUAAGCCCCGAUGGCAAGGCGCCUCGGGGCAGAGAUGCAAUGGUACAGCUGGUUAUGGCUCUCGACGAAGACAGCGGAUGUCCUGGCGAACGCUUAAUUCGCACGACAUCUGCUUUACUAAAAACUCACCUCGAAAAAUGGGAAAAAGAACGUGGUUCUGCCUGCAGACCUGAAGAUUGCGCGAUGACUCCGUUAGAAUUUUUCUGCCACGUUCAAGCAAAGAAUGCUGCUAGCGAGAUUAGCGUAAGAAUCACAGAGAUGAACUUAACCUAUCUUCAUAUACGGGAGCUUCUGCAAAAUCUCUUCGCUCUUGUAACCUUCAUUCGGCCAAAAUCGGUUGAAAGCGCUCAUUUUUUUUGCAAUAAUUAUAUUCAGGUUCUCGUGCCUAUUGUUCAAGAUAUUGAAAACAAGUUAGCCCAGUUCGACAAAGCACCACCGAUUGACUGGGACGCAGCUGUAAAAAGGCUGAACAGUUACGAAAGGCAAUACCAUACUGCCAUCGAAACUGCAGUAGCAUGCACAAGGACGACAUCAGGAGUUAAAAGGAGAGAUCCAAAUCGAGAAUCUGACGAUAUUCCAUUCAACUAUUACGUGCCACUUUUAAAUGAUUUUGAUGUUGGGAAAAUUCUUGGCAGAGGAAGCUUUGGAGCGGUUUACGAGGCAGUACGUAUUUUUUUUAUCCUUAUCUGUAAAUAGUUACAAGUCCUACAAUUACUUGAAUGUGUAAUUGUUUUGGGAUAUAGAACCUAGUUGACCAAAAAAGCGUAGCAAAAGGAGGUUCGUUUUAUGGCCUACAGUGACUAAGUGUUAGACAGUAAAGUUUGGUCAGCCGGUUUUAGUGCACGAGUGCUUUGUUCAAAGGAACAACUCAUGCUGACGUUUUGAAGAUCUGGCUGACUUUUCGGAGGUGCAAACAUGGUAUCGCAAUUCUAGAAGUUGUGAACAGAGAAACUCGAAACUUCUUCAUAGCCGGUGCCAAGAAAAAAGAGCGAGAGAGAGAGAGUGAGAGAGUCUGCCCGGGCAUGUUUUAGCGGGGCAGAUAGAAACGAGUUGGAAGCGCACAUGAUGAAUGAAUGGUUAAUUGGCAGACUGCUUUCCGAAAGUGUAAACAGAGGUGGCACCUGAGCCUCACGGUGUCACUUUGCGGUGUCUGUCCACUUCUUAGCAAUUUUCAAUUGAAAUCAAAUCGGGCUGAGUAUUAUAUGGUUAGCGUAGGCGAUAAAAUAGCCUGUGGAAAUUUUGCAAGUGCUUUUUUCUUUUAGUUAUAAUGGGUCCAGUUGUUUGUUAAACGAAAGACUGGGCACUGAAGCCGUACUACAGCCGUUUGUGGAGCAAGCCUGUCGGAUACUCUACUUGUUACUUGCUUUAGGUGUAGGCUCGAAAAAAUGAAGUGCCUCGAGCCAGCGUCUUCGAUGGGCAUCAAGUCGAUACUAAGUGCGAAUUCGGUGCCCGGUGUAGUGCACAGAGAAAAAGGAACUAGAGCACUAGUGUGACAGCUGAUGUCGACUAAUAAGAGUCAGAAAAUAGAAACAAAUCAAAAAGCCGAAACAUAUAUUUUAUUUCUUUUCAGUAUUAUAUACCUUGCACAAGACAAUACUUAAAGAUAAUUUCGUUAUGCUUUUGCCGUUACCAAUAAUAAUACCCAGGUCGUUUUGUCUUACGUACCUGUAGAUGAAUCGUAGUUCAAUCUGAUUUGUUAGGACAUACAUGGA